GGAAAAACCGCCCGCCGCAGCCAUCUAUACUUGCACCUAUGACCCAAACCCCGCACUAAUUGCCAUAGGCAUAGGCAUUGGGUGAGCAGUAGACAUCCGAGAACCUCCGAGAAACCGGGUGUGGUAGGGCAAGGAAAAACCGCCCGCCGCAGCCAUCUAUACUUGCACCUAUGACCCAAACCCCGCACUAAUUGCCAUAGGCAUUGGGUGAGCAGUAGACAUGCAGAUGAGCAAACAAAUAGUAUCUAAGUUUCCGGCUAGAGCCACGGCUGCUUUUUGCCUAAUCACCGCUGGAGGCCUCUCGUAUCAAGCCAAUUUUCUCCCCUACUUCUCCGACUCUUCCGUUUCCCAAGGCUUCUUUCGUUCUUCUCGCGCAAUCCGCACCAUUGUUGUAACCGUUGCCGACUACAAGUAUUCUUUACAUGGGCUGUCAAAGGACUGCGAUGAAUACCGUCAUCUAUUAUCUGAGGUUCAUUUACGCUCAGCUAAGAGAUUGUUGAAAUUAUGUGAAAUAAAUAAAGGUUUUUACGUGAAAGCUGGUCAGUUUGUUUCUUCCCUGCGUCAGGUUCCCAAAGAAUACUCUUUGACCCUUUCCUUGUUGCAGGAUCAGGUGGUUCCUUGUGAUUUUAAGGUCAUAAAAGAAGUAAUAAUCAGCAAUCUUGGUCAGGAUCUGUCAGACGUAUUUACUUGGCUUGAGGAGCAACCAAUAGCUGCUGCAUCCAUUGGGCAAGUGCAUCAUGCAAUGUUGAAAAACCAUCAAGAAGUAGCAAUUAAGGUGCAAUACCCUGGAUUAGAGAAGAAAAUGAAGUUAGACACAAGAAUUAUGUAUUUCCUUUCAGAAUUUGUUGCAUGGUUUUUUCCUGAAUAUAGGUUUCGGUGGUUGAUCUCAGAAUUCACCGAGGCAGUUUCUUUAGAGCUUGAUUUUGUUCAAGAGGCAAGAAACUCUGAGACAAUUGCCAGAAACUUUAAAAACAACAAAUUUGUUAGAGUACCUCAUAUAUUCUGGGAUUUUACAACAAAGCAAGUUCUCACAAUGCAGUUUUGUCGUGGCCACAAGGUUGAUGAUGUUGAAUUUCUGAAUGGAAAGAAAAUAAAUCUAGAAAAGGUUGCAAAGUUGUUAUUGGAAGUGUUUGCUGAAAUGAUAUUCAUUCAUGGUUUCUUGCACGGAGAUCCACAUCCUGGUAAUAUAUUGGUGUCUACAGAAGGUCAGGGUGGCUUUUCUUUGGUUCUUCUGGACUUCGGAAUCUGCAAAAAAUUGGAUGAAGUGUUCAGGCUCGAAUAUUGUCAGCUUUGGAAGGCUUUGAUUCUUUCAGACUCAAAAAAGAUACAUCAUUUAGCUGAACGGUUUGGUGUUGGAAAGUACUACAGAUAUUUACCCAUCAUUUUCUCUGGAAGAACUAUUGAUAGUAAAUCUGUGCUCGAGAAGGGAAUGUUAGUUGAAGAGCAAAAGAAGCUGAAACAAGAUCUGAAGGGUCUAACGAUUGAGGACAUAUCUUCAUUUAUGGAAUCUCUGCCUUCCGACUUGCUCAUAAUAUUGCGGACUGAUGAAUUACUGAGAUCUGCAAUAAGCAAGCUCGGUGCUUCAAAAUGGCUUAGGUUGCAAACCUAUGGCAAAUAUGCCUCAUUUGGUCUCUCUCCAAAGUUGAAUCCACGCUCUGAUUUGAAAGUAGUGGCCCUAUACACCAGAUUGGUAGGAAAUAUAGAAUACAUUCAUCUAAGGCUUGCUAUAGGGGUAAUGAAUAUCGUUGUGUGGAUGGAGAAGUUGAAGCGAUAUCUGAUUAAGUUUCGUAUAAAAAUGAGUGCUGCUGGAAAAGGUAUGUUAACAGCGUUCUUCAACUGCAACUUGAAAGUGUAGGUUGUGUGAACUAUACACAUUCCUAGGGCUUAAUGGUCAGUGGAGUAUAGUUUGAUAGGGCUUUUAUUCUACUUGCUAUGAACUAUAAAACUACUCUUAAAUCUGAAUAACAGUGUAAGAACA